GCAGAUUGACGUCGAGACACAAGCCAAUUUUUUUCGAGUGAUAAUUCACACAUUGUAACCUAGGAGCCGUUCAGAAAACAUAUUACACGGAGUCAUCAUACAGGAAGGAAUGUCAAAACCGUUUUUCAUGGCUGCCCAAGAGCGGCCUCUAUCGUCGGCAGUGCUUGAUGAUGAGAACGAUGCAUCGCAGUCCAAGCAUAGAUGGUUCUCUGGUCUCCGCCUACCCAGAUACGUUAUCGCGUCGAUCACUGUCGCCUGCGCGGCGAUGUUAUUUGGGCUUGAUACGGGGUGCAUCGGCCCAGUAACGACUAUGCCAGAAUUCCUGGGAUCAUUUGGCCAAUUUUCUUCCACGAUACAUGGGGCAAUAGUCUCAACAAUUCUAAUCACUGCGUCCGUGACUUCCUUUUUUGCAGGUCACCUGUCGGAAAUUCUGGGUCGAGAACGCGCUGUUAUUGUUGGCACGACAGUAUUCUCCUUUGGAGCUGCUAUAGAAGCGGGCGCGACCUCCUUGGGUAUGUUCGUUGGAGGAAGAGCGGUCAAGGGCGUCGGUGAAGGAUUCUUCCUUAGCACCUUAACUGUAUAUAUCUGUGAGGUGUCUCCAGCUAGUAGGCGCGGGUCUCUUGCGUCACUGGUUCAGUUUCUGACCACAAUCGGGAUUUGUGUUGGUUUUUUCAUGUGUUAUGGUACAGUGCGCAUUGCUUCGUCGGUCUCAUGGAGACUUCCGUCGGCAAUACAGUCUGCUCUCGCUGCUAUUCUCGCAGCUGCAUGCUCAACCCUUCCUCCGUCUCCGUGUUGGUUGGUGAACAAGAGACGGUACACAGAGGCGUACGACGCAAUGGAUAAACUUGGCUUGCCCCGUGGGGAGCUGGAACUUGACUCUGCUAUCCUAUCUCCCUCGUCGACAAGCUCAAGUCUUACGGAUAUUGAAACAAUGAAAACAAAUAGGUUCGCAGAGGUCUUCACUAAACCAUAUUGGAAGCAGACUGUCAUUGGGAUGUUCAUGAUGGUUAUGUGCCAGUUCUCGGGAAUAGAUGGCGUGUUAUACUAUGCACCGACUUUGUUUAAACAAGCCGGACUCUCAAGCACAUCCAGCAGUUUCUUGGCGUCUGGCAUUACCGGUAUUCUUGGUGUGGUUGUGACUAUUCCUGCCUCCCUUCUUGCCGACCGUUGGAAUCGAUGUACAUCCCUGAUAGCCGGCGGACUCGCGAUUGGGGCAUGUAUGGUGGUUAUUGGCUCACUUUACGCUUCUAAUAGUGUGCAUCCAAGCAGUGGUGCUGGUAGAUGGGUCGUCAUAAUCAGUAUCUAUCUUUAUACCAUAUUUUUCGGUAUAAGCUGGGGAGUUACGAUAAAGAUAUAUUCUACAGAGGUACAACCAGCACGGACAAGGGCUGCAGCCAGCAGCUUGGGGCAAGGGGUCAAUUGGGUGGCUAAUUUUUUGGUCGCCUUUACCACUCCUAUCUUCCUAGCCCAUUCGUCUUGUGGUGCCUACUACUUCUUUGGGUCCUGGAACUUACUGACUGCUCUUGUGUGCGUAUUCUUUAUGCCAGAGACUAAAGGACGGUCUCUUGAGGCGAUAGAGGCCUCAUUCCAUCAGUCGGCACAGAUGCCAGAUUUAUCAACACGGGACGGCAAAAACAGCGAGAGCAUCCCGUGA